AUGCAUUUCACAAACACCCUCGCCCUCGCCCUCCUGGCUGUAUCCUCCUGUAGCGCCCGACCAACCCCCAUCCCGCAAAGCAACUCCCCAACUAUCAGCAACGAAAAUACCAACAAUGGCCUUAGCAGCUCUGUUGGACCUGCUGUGGUCAGCGCUCCGGUCCUUGAUCAAGCGAUACCCAACGGCGAAAUCCAAGGCCAAUGCCAACAAACCCAGCUCUGGGAUGAAAAGUCCCAUACAUGCCAGUGCCGCGAGGGCACCGUGUGGGCCGGCAAGCAACUGGGCUGUCUUGACCUUUCCAAACCAUGGGAGCUGCCCGUUGUGCCACCACAGACUCCGAAUACAGAACCCAUCAAGCCGCCCCCUCAGUUCCAACUCCCCACAGUUCCGAGCAUGAAAGCCCCUGCUGAGAAGACGCGGAGGGCCGCUCAUGCUGGGCAGUUGAUUCCGGAGCCGAAGUGUAAAGGGCAGGAGAAGGCAUAUUGUGCUAAGUCCAUAACGACUUGGUUUCCGUAUGAGAAGAAGAGCUCUCCAGUCGCACAGGGAAACCAGACAGGAAAAGCUUUUCAGAAGAGACAGAGUGGCCAUAAUGGUCAGAAUAGCCAGUGCCUUGAUGAUGGCCUGAACCAUGCAUUCUGUUGCGUACCGGGCAAGGAGGCCGAGUAUCUGCAGAACAACUGGGGUGUCUUUGGACUCUUCAGUGGUGCAUUUGAUUGAUCGACAUGUCUUAUCGUACCAAGAAAGCUCAGAGGCAGUAGUACCGGCGAGUAUAACUGAGAGUGCUAUGUCGCCUGUGUG